UUCUGGCUGCUCACAAACCUCACUUCUCACAGUGUUACCGGGACUUGGCUCUGGUGAGUCGUGAUGGCAUGAAUAUUGUCCUGAAUAAAAUCAACCAGAUUCUCAUGGAGAAGUAUCUGAAGUUGCAGGAUACCUGUCGUACUCAGUUGGUGUGGUUGGUACGGGAACUAGUGAAGAGUGGGGUUCUGGGAGCCGAUGGUGUUUGCAUGACAUUCAUGAAGCAGAUUGCAGGUGGGGAUGUUACAGCAAAAAAUAUCUGGUUGGCUGAGAGUGUUCUGGAUAUCCUGACGGAGCAGAGGGAAUGGGUGCUGAAGAGCAGCAUCCUCAUUGCCAUGGCUGUUUACACAUACCUCCGCCUCAUCGUGGACCAUCAUGGGACUGCCCAACUGCAGGCCCUACGGCAGAAGGAAGUGGACUUCUGCAUCUCACUGCUUCGGGAACGGUUCAUGGAAUGUUUGAUGAUUGGCCGGGACCUCGUAAGGCUACUUCAGAAUGUUGCUAGGAUACCAGAAUUUGAACUGCUUUGGAAAGACAUUAUCCAUAACCCUCAGGCUUUGAGUCCCCAAUUCACAGGUAUCUUACAGCUUCUUCAAUCAAGAACAUCCCGAAAAUUCCUAGCAUGUCGUCUAACCCCAGACAUGGAGACUAAGCUCCUCUUCAUGACAUCCCGGGUGCGAUUUGGUCAACAAAAGCGAUACCAAGAUUGGUUCCAGCGGCAGUACCUGUCAACCCCAGAUAGUCAAUCUCUGCGCUGUGACCUCAUUCGCUACAUCUGUGGGGUUGUCCACCCAUCUAAUGAAGUCCUGAGUUCAGACAUCCUGCCCCGUUGGGCCAUCAUUGGCUGGCUCCUGACGACGUGCACUUCAAAUGUUGCUGCCUCUAAUGCCAAGCUGGCUUUGUUUUACGACUGGCUGUUCUUUAGCCCAGACAAGGAUAGCAUUAUGAACAUAGAGCCAGCCAUCCUGGUCAUGCAUCAUUCUAUGAAGCCCCACCCAGCCAUCACUGCCACACUCCUGGAUUUCAUGUGCCGAAUCAUUCCUAACUUUUAUCCACCAUUGGAAGGCCACGUGCGGCAGGGUGUCUUUUCCUCCCUCAACCACAUUGUGGAGAAACGGGUCUUGGCGCAUUUGGCUCCCCUGUUUGAUAACCCGAAAUUGGAUAAGGAGCUGCGGGCAAUGCUGAGAGAGAAGUUUCCUGAGUUCUGCAGUUCACCCUCCCCACCUGUGGAAGUUAAAAUUGAGGAACCAGUUUCCAUGGAGAUGGACAACCACAUGUCAGACAAGGAUGAGAGUUGCUAUGAUAAUGCAGAGGCAGCCUUCAGUGAUGAUGAAGAGGAUCUGAACAACAAAGGAAAGAAGAGAGAGUUUCGCUUCCACCCCAUCAAGGAGACGGUGGUGGAGGAGCCCGUUGAUAUCACCCCUUACCUCGAUCAGUUGGAUGAGUCUCUAAGGGACAAAGUGCUCCAGUUACAGAAGGGGAGUGAUACGGAGGCCCAGUGUGAGGUCAUGCAGGAAAUUGUGGACCAGGUCCUAGAGGAAGACUUUGACUCGGAGCAGCUGUCUGUCCUUGCUUCCUGCCUGCAGGAGCUCUUCAAGGCCCAUUUCCGAGGGGAAGUGCUGCCUGAGGAGAUCACUGAAGAGUCCCUGGAGGAAUCUGUGGGGAAGCCGCUCUACCUAAUAUUUAGGAACCUGUGCCAGAUGCAGGAAGACAACAGCAGCUUCUCCCUGCUUUUGGACCUUCUCUCCGAGUUAUACCAAAAGCAGCCCAAGAUUGGCUACCAUCUGCUUUACUACCUGAGAGCCAGUAAAGCCGCCGCGGGGAAGAUGAACCUGUACGAGUCGUUUGCCCAGGCCACCCAGCUGGGUGAUCUGCACACCUGCCUGAUGAUGGACAUGAAGGCCUGUCAGGAAGACGACGUGCGGCUGCUGUGCCACCUCACACCCUCCAUCUACACAGAGUUUCCAGAUGAAACCUUGAGGAGUGGGGAACUGCUGAACAUGAUUGUGGCUGUGAUUGACUCUGCACAGCUCCAGGAGCUGGUCUGCCAUGUGAUGAUGGGGAACCUGGUCAUGUUUCGAAAAGACUCAGUUCUCAACAUACUUAUCCAGAGCCUAGACUGGGAAACCUUUGAGCAGUACUGUGCCUGGCAGCUCUUCCUGGCCCACAACAUCCCCCUGGAGACCAUAAUCCCUAUCCUACAGCACCUCAAAUACAAGGAGCACCCUGAGGCCCUGUCCUGCCUAUUGCUUCAGCUCCGCAGAGAGAAGCCCAGUGAGGAGAUGGUCAAGAUGGUGCUGAGCCGGCCCUGCCACCCCGACGAUCAGUUCACCACCAGCAUCCUACGGCACUGGUGCAUGAAGCACGACGAACUCCUGGCUGAGCACAUCAAGUCCUUGCUCAUCAAGAACAACAGCCUCCCUCGAAAGAGGCAAAGCCUGAGGAGCUCCAGCAGUAAGCUGGCCCAGCUGACCCUGGAGCAGAUCCUGGAGCACUUGGACAACCUGCGCCUCAACCUGACCAACACCAAGCAGAACUUUUUCAGCCAGACUCCAAUUCUCCAGGCUCUGCAGCACGUCCAGGCAAGCUGUGACGAAGCCCACAAGAUGAAGUUCAGCGACCUCUUCUCCCUGGCUGAGGAAUAUGAGGACUCUUCCACCAAGCCACCCAAGAGCCGGCGAAAAGCAGCUCUGUCCAGCCCACGAAGUCGAAAGAAUGCUACACAGCCCCCCAACGCUGAGGAGGAGUCAGGCUCCAGCAGUGCCUCGGAAGAGGAAGACACGAAACCGAAGCCCACCAAGCGGAAACGGAAGGGGUCCUCUGCGGUGGGUUCUGACAGUGACUGAGCCUGUGCUCCCUACCACCCCCAGUCAGACUGCCCUCUCCUCAUUGGUGAAUCAAGGUUAAUAGGGACUGGGGAGAUCACAGGGGACGUACCCUCUCCCCAUCCCAAAGCUUGCCCAGUGGGAAGGAUGCACUUCCUCAUCAAGUCCAUCCUGAGAAGCUGCCAUGCAGCCCCCAGCCCCUCCUCCUGCCUUUCCUGGGGGGCCUCCAGCUGGAUCACACUGCCUCUCCCACCCAAUAUUUGGGUUCCCACUGAGGCCAGAGGCUGUG